GUCACGUGAUGUAUGACGUCAUUUUAAAAUGGCGGAUAAAGUUUACUUUUUCCAGGUGAUACAUUCAGUCUCAAUUUUCGAAAUAACUCAUUAGAAGAAUAAUGGUGAUUUAGUUGUGCAAGCUGCUUAGAUAGAAGAAAUCACAUUCAAAGCAAUAUGGCUGAGAAGAAAAGUUCAAAUCACUGCCGGAUGGCUUUCUCACCCCUGGAGUCACCAGUCUAUGGUGGCAGUGCCAUUGUGGUCGCAUUCUCAGAGGAUGUGUUCAUCCAGACAGACAGCCCUAUAUACCUAGUGUUCCAAGGGGGGACAGAGAGACAUGUCACCACAGCUAGGUGUAUCAACGCUCAAACUUUACAGGCUGUAGUACCAGGUCAUAAUCAAGCAGAAUCAGUAGAACUUACAGUAUGUGUAGGACCUACAGGCCAUACUAAUAUCCUCGCAACUGGACAAUUCUUUUACAUGAAGGACUCGGCUCACUACAUGGCCCAAUACCUUGCAGCAAGUGUUUAUGAUCCCAGCUCCUUAGAGGAUCUGGAACAAGUGAAGGGAAUUAACUUUGAUCUAGCAGAGGAGGAUUACACAAGCUUGGAUGAUAGAUUGACUGCUGCAUUUGAGCAUUUGGAUUUCCCAGAACAUUGGUGUAUGCUUGGAGUGGAUAGCCCUGAUGAAGAACUUCUACCGAGAGAGACACUUCUACAUUUCGCAGCACGCCUGGGGCUUCAGAGAUUUGCAGGAUUGUUACUAGAGAAACUGGGAGCUGAAGACGCACUCGAUUUAUGCAACAGACGUGGCGAAUUACCAAGGGAUAUUGCAAGAGAUCUAUGUCAGGAUACCCUAGCUGAGCUUCUGUCACAACAUAACAGACCAAAUAUGAUGAAAUGGACGUCAAACCAAAUGAAAUCAAGCAAUAAGGUCAGGACUGAUGGCAUAGUGGUUACCCAACAUGAACAUGGAUUGUCUACCAUAACCACCAAUAUCAAGGACAAUCCAACAACUAUAGACCAGGAUAUUGCCAUGUUAUGUGAUAUCACAUCUCUGAUGCAAGGAGGGAACUCCAGACAAGGGGAUCCUCAGAGUCCACACUUUCACAACAAUAUCUGGCUUCAGAGUAAUAACCAUGAACAUCAGUCAUCAGAUUUUACAGAGGAAAGCGAUCAGGAGAGUGAUUAUGACAAUGACUUAGUACUUGGUGGCUCCGCCUAUACUACGACUCAGUCCUCUGGUGGCCAGGGAACAAACUACAAUCAUACAGACAGCACACAACGGAGUCACCAUAGCAACAUUCCUGGUCAGAAAAACAUUGUGUUAGAAAAGAACAUUCGUCGACUGAAUGAUAUCAGCAUAGGGAUACGUCGUCUCAAAGCGAAGAAUGAAAAUUUAGGAGAAUUGGAGGAUCGAAAGGAGAAUUUGUCCCGUUUUAGUGCAUCAUGUCCCUCAUUAGACAAACAGAAUCUUCAAUCCCAGUCCCGCAUUAGAGAGCAUGAUUCAGAUUACUGCAAGUCUAUGUUGGAUAUUACGCCAGAAUGUGACGAAAAUGCGACAUAUCCUGAUACGCCACCUAUAGACUAUAGUUAUGGUUCAGUGGGAGAUAUACGUCACACAAGUUCAGAAGUAAAAAUAAAACUAAACGAUGUGACUUUAGACAGUUCAGAAGAUUACUAUGGUAACACAAUUAACAAUAAUAACACCUCUGUGAAAUUACGUCAGCGCAGUGUAUCACCACCUAGUGAUAUUGAUAAAGAUUUCCGACGCCAGAGCUGGUGUGUAAACCAGUCCCGUCGUCAGUUUAAAACGCAGAUCUUAGCAGCGCAGGGAAAAAGUUUGAGCCUCAGUAGUCUGGAUGGUCCUGGAAAUCAGAAUGAGGUGAAUGAGGAAUAUGAGACUGAUGACACGGAGUCACCACGCUCUGGGCCAACUGUGCCAUCCCGUGUGACACGCUCUAAUACUCUAGGGACUAUGUCCACUGUGCUAGAAGCUAUAGGACAAACUUCAGGUCAUAGCAGCCCAGAGACAGAAAUGGUUCAACACUACAGUCACCUCAGUACACAUAGCGGUACACAUAGCAGUACUCAUAAUACACCCCCCAGACCAGUCAGUACAGCCUCAGUGAGAUCACUUACUGAUGUACGUUUCGACUUUAAUAGCUCAAGUGAACAUGAGACCAGUAUCACCUCUCCCCAAAGCCAAAGUGAUUCUCCAGUCAAUGCAAAUGGAACUAUGCUGAACGUGCCAAACAAUAUGACAAAAUCAAAGUCAACGCCAUCUAUACCAAAUGCAGAAAACAAAGAAAAUCGUAAUGGCCAUAAUAGCUCCAGUGAAGUAGCAACACAAGAGAAAAGUGCUCAGUUGCAAGAGAAUGCUGCCUGGGUGAAUGAGGAUCAUGGUAUAAAUAACUAUCUUCACAAUGAGGCUACUCAGAAGAAACCCUGCUUGUCUAUGAUUGAGUUCCUCAAUGACCCAGCAAACUUUAGCGGAGAAGACAAAGUAGUGAAGCGUGACCUUCUCAAAGAGGAUAAAAAGCGGAGAUCUAGUGUAUUUGCAAAGUUUGGGAGCUACAGGCAGAAAGUUAAGUUAAAAGAGGAGAACAAGAAGACACACAGUUUUAUGCCCGUCUCAUUCAGUAAUGCCACCCUAUGCGAUGUUUGUGCCAAAUCUAUGUCCAACAAGUCAUCAGUGCAGUGUGAAAGCUGUGGAAUCAACGUACAUGACCAUUCCUGUAAAGAGCAAGUGAACCCCUGUACCAGAGUGAAGAAGGCUCAGCUCCAUGCCCCUUCAUCCAUACGCGAGAAAACUGGCAGUUUACCAGUUGGGAAGAGUUUGCGUUCUUCCGAGUCCUUCAAAGAGAAGCGCUCUAAGUCUGACCCUCAGUCAAAUAAGAUCACAUCUCUCUCUACCAGUGCUUUGCCCCGCAAUGUUUCGCCACCGAGUAAGAUUAUUAAUGAGGAAACGGAGACUCUACCAACUCAUCAUGAAGGAAGUAUUAGUAGCCUCAUGUCUGGCUCCGUUGAGUCUAUACCAGACGAAGCUGCAAUUCAGUCACGACUUGGUUAUAUCAACGACCCGGAGCUCCUGAAUACCCAGAAGGAGGCUGAGGCAUGGAGUGUAACUGUCGACAAAAAGACACUGAAGAAGAUGAAUUCAAAAGAAGUUAAACGACAAGAUCAUAUAUGGGAAUUGAUCGCAACAGAGAAAAAUAUUGGGAGGACAUUAAAAGUAAUGCGAAAAAUAUUUAUGGAAGGAAUGAUGCAAGAAGCUAAUAUUAGCCGAGAAUUAGCAGAUCGUUUAUUUCCCAGUAUAGACAAACUUAUCAACAUACAUUCAGAAUUCUUACAAAAGUUCCAAACUCGACAAUCAUUGAAUCCAGACAAGCGGAUCGAUCAGAUAGGAGAUAUUUUGCUUAGUCAGUUCAAGGGGUCCAGUGGAGAGAUGAUGAAGGCUGCGUAUGGAGACUUCUGUAGUAAACACAAGGAGGGCCUGGCCAUGUAUAAAGACCUGCUAAAGUCAGAUAGAAAGUUCGCUGCAUUUAUUCGACAAUGUGAGAUGAACGUGUUGGUUAAGAGGCAGAGUAUACCUGGGUGCUACCUGCUGGUAACUCAGAGGAUGACAAAGUACCCACUCAUGAUUGAGGCCAUCCUAAAAACAACUAAAGACCACAAAGAGCACAAACGGGAACAAGAGCGAGAGAAUCUACAGUCGUCUUUGAUGUAUGCGAAACAAAUCCUAGAUGCUAUAGAUGAGCGCAUAGACGCAAGAGACAGGGAGCUACGAUUACAGGAGCUCUACCACAAAAUGGACCCAAGGUCAUUCACAAUAUAUAAGGGUAAAAAAUUCAAGAAAUCAGACCUGAUGAAUCGUAAGUUGAUAGUUGAGACGCCAGUCAUGUGGAAGAGUGCAAGGGGCAAGCCAAUAGAGGUCAUUGCAGUGGUCUUAUCAGAUCUCAUGUUUUUCAUGCAGGAGAACAAUCAGAAGUUUGUCUUCUUUGCACAGGACAGUAAGUCAGCUGUGAUUUCGCUGGUGAAGCUCCUAGUGCGUGAGAAGGGAGACUCGCGUCACACAAAUGGCGUCUACCUAAUCAGCCAAAAUAAGGACAAUCCAGAAAUGUAUGAACUGACCUGCAAGACCCCAGAGAUGAGACGACGCUGGAUCGCCAGUCUCAGAAAGGCAAUUGAUGAAUGCCCAGCUGAUGAAGAAGUGAAUGAAGAGGAUCAGAGGAGGAUUGAAGAGGAAGAAGAAGAAAGACGGCAACUUGAGAUCAAGUUCACAAAAUUACGAGAAAUGCUUGAUAAACUCAAUCAGAAAGAUGCUCAGAUCAAAGCUGGUCUAGAUGGCAAACUCAAACUGUUUGCUGACAUGAUGGCAGUCUGGGGAAUGGAGGAUGUCUUGAAAAAUUUGAAGUCUAUUUAUAAGGAUGAGGAGGGAGAAGAGUUGAGGGAUGCUGAUGAUUUGCUGCAGGCGGCAAUACAAGAUGCAUCCAAAUUGACGAUACUGUUUCAAAAUAGCAGUAGUAGUAAUCUCAGUACAGGAAGUGUGACAGACCAAGAAAAUAGUUCCGGUCACGUGUCCCCUUCUUUGCCAAAACGAGCAGAAACUUUCGGAGGAUUUGACAGUCAACCCAAAGGAGGUGUUCUAAAAAAGCGCUAUCCUUCGUCCUUUAACGAUCAUGAUCUAAGGACAAGUAGCCUACAAAAUCUUCACAAAGAUCACGGAAGCGAUGUUGAUUCUGCCCUUGGCUCGCAGUCAUUGGAGGUGGCGCCCUCUGGGAGCAACAAGGAUGUUCUCAGACGUAACAGCGGGGGUCAAGAUCCCAAUUCUGGGGUGAAUAGAAGCACCAGUUUCAAGGAGAGAACAAAUAGACGUUUGAGUACCAGUUUCCUCCAAAAUCUGCUCACCAAGCAGCACAAAGAGACAGAGGACAGCGAUGCUAAGUCUGAUAAAUCCAGCGAUCGUGGAUCAAUGGGGGAACUGUCCAGUACAUGGUCUCUUGGCCCUCCUAGUCGUGAGCAGGUCGAAUGUGUCGGAUCACUGAUUAACUGUAUGAGAGGUCUUGCGUUCAUCUCAACUCAGCAAUCCACACAAAUUGAAAUGCUUAAAGCGAAAAUACUUGAAGCAGAAGCAAAAGUUGGGAAGAGCGAAUCGCAACGAAUGGUCUCCGAGAAAAAGACAUCAUUUCGACAUAACAACCAACUAGAAGAACUGCGUAAUCUCCAAGAAUCAAUCAGUCAGGAGCGCCAGAAAUGGGAUGCAGAGAAAGAAAAGGCGGGGUUACGUCUCGAGACUGAACGUAGCACAUUAGAGGAGCAACAGAAACAACUGGAAACUGAGAGGGAAGAGAUGGCGGCACAGAAAGAGGAGCUACGUCGCCAGAGAGAGGCACUUCAAGCUCAGAUGGAUUAUUAUAAGAUGAAGCAGCAGGAUAAACAUGACAGUCGUGAGGGUUCACCACAAGGGGGCCCUGGCUUUCGAAAUACAAACUCUCCAUCUCACGAUAUUGUCGAUGCAUUCAAACAAAACAAUUCUCCAGGGAAUCAUAGACGCUGUACAUCUGCAGAUUUAACGCAAGGAGGAUCGUUUGAACCAAUGAAAGCAGAAUACAGUAAUAGUUUAAAGGAGCCAUUGAAUUUAAAUAACAGAAAUGCAAAGGCGAAAACACUACCUGGAAAUCGGAGUAAUACACCUCCAGGUUUAAUGACCCGUAUAGACAGUGGGUCAAAUGUAAAUAAUCAACUGGGGCCUAGGAUGCCUAUACAUUUAUUAAGUGCUGCCAAUGAAGCCAAAGUUGGUGUCUCACAACAACAUAUGCCUUAUCAUAAACUCUCCACUGGUAGUAAUCCUGGUAGUAAUAGUCAAUACAACCAGAAUCCUGCUGGUAAUCUACAUAAACUGCCAUACAAAUUAGCAUCAACUACAAGCCCAAAUGCCCCAGGAGGGGGCAGCCAAUUUUAUGUUCACCAGGUGUCACCACCGCAGACUCAAGUGCCCGCAAACAAUUCAAACUCAACUUUGAAGCAAGCAGCUUCAACUGGGUCAUUUUUACCUAUGAAACUUGCAUCAAAUUCUCGAGCCAAAUCCAACUCACCUGGCACCGCCCCGGGAGUUGGCCCAGAACAAUACAUCCCCGCCCAAAGACACACAGAAUGGAAAACAGUUAAAGAAGCCACAGGAGGUGAUAUACUUCUGAAGUUACCUCAAGAUCUUGCUUCAGAAUCACACUACAGAAGGACAUAUUGCACCAGGACUCCCAAGACCUGCAUUCAACUAUGUAUGAAGGACUUUCAGUCCCUGGACAAUAAUGAUUGAGUGCGAAAUCAUAUAUAAAUCCUCUUGCCGGAAAGAAAGGGUGUUAUUUGUAUACAGGGAUAUCAUUUUUAUUAUUUCCAACAUUAUAAUUCCAUUUAUACUUUUAUGUACAAGUCUUCAUAUCAACUUUUAUUUUGAGUAUGUAUUCAAAGGUUUUAGUUUCUUGUUUGAAGAAUGUAAUUAAGUUCCAAAGUAGCGUUAUAUAUGUAUGAAAUACAUGUUUGUACAAGUUUCUAUAGUAACAUGUUUGUUUAUUUACGAUGAUGUACAUGUAACCAACCAUAUGUGAGUUAUGUUUAACAUAUAAAUACAAACAUGGUAUUCAUACACAGUACUCAUAACUCACAUUUAUGUGUAAAAUGUGAUUUAUUUAUAAUUUCACUGGUUUCUAUUGUACAUUUAACAACUUUGACACCGUUCAUAUGAAAGUGCAGUAUGUAGGAAAAUUGUAUGAAUUAUAAUUUCCUAUAUAACGCAAUCACAAUCAGCACCUAGCAAAAUCUAAAACUACUACCAAUUUCAAUUGACGAUAUAAUGAAAAUAUUAUUACAUUACUAGAUUUUUACUAAAAACACAGGAGCACUUGGUUUGACAAUACGUUGUGAUUUUGACCAUAUAUGGUCAAAACAUUGAUAAUAAUGUUAAAUUAAUAAGAUAGAACAAUGUUUGAUUGUUUGUAUGAAUCAUGUCCUAGUCCAGUGACGCGUGUACUUUAUGUGCAUUUAUGUAAUUUGACAGUAAUUAUUACUAGAUAGAAUAAACAUAUCUUUGCAUUCUUGUAUAUUAUGUCAUUCAUCAACAUGAACUCAUGCAUGAUAUUUCAGUUAUCAGCGCAUGAUAUGUAAUUUAUUCCACCCUUGUAUUUUUUGCUACAAAUGUUGUGUUAAGAGAUAUUUAUAAAAUAUACAUAUAUUAUAUACGAGGCAUUUUCUAAAGAAUCGUACUCCAUAAAGGAAUUUCAUGAUUAACUCGUAAAAUGUUUUAGUUGUGCCAUCGGACAAAUCAAGUUAUCAGAAGUGUAAGAAUGUAAUGUACAUGUAUCAUAUGUAUAUGUUUCUAAUCACAUACUAUGUAAUAUAUACAUGUACAGGUCAUAUGUGCUCAUGUAAACACAGAGAUAUGUACAGAAGACACAUUUACUUGUACAGUACGAGGGUUGUCUAAAAAGUUUUGUAAUUUGAGCAACUGUCGAGUGCAUCAUCUUGCUAUGGUGUCUUAAUGUAACAUAGAAUGAUUGGGAGAAAAAAAUAAUUUGAGCAAUACAUGUAUAUCAAGAAAAUUUCGUUGAGUUUCCUAGUCUAUAAGAUUCUAUCCUCCAACUUCUUGCUUUUUGUUGUAUCAUUUUACAUGUUAAUGCGUUAAAGCACAUAUGCAUGUUAACAAGUCAUAGCUUAAUAAUAUAAAAUCAUUCUGUGUUCUUUAAUAUGUGAUAGCUAUUACAAGUUAUUGUAUACAGAUAUAAUAUGUCAGUUUGAUGUCAAAUGUAUACUAUUGUAUGUCUUCUGUUAAGAUGCUUUAUGAAUAGAGAACGCAUGGUCUUACAUGUAACAACGGACCAUGAAUAUCAUACUUUCUACAACAAGUACAUUAUUUGUGUUUUCUAGCUUAUAUUUCAUCUCUUGUGAUGUUAAAACAAAAGUUUGAGUAAGUCUGGUGCUGUCAAGUCCCAGUACCUCAAGUAAGUGUAGGGGACAUGUCAAAACAUCAAUGUUUUAUAAUACAUUAUGAGCUAAAAUAACACUGGUGUUUUGACAGCACCCCUAUUACUCUUUAAUUAUCAAAGAUAAUCAUUCCAUUUAAGAUUUUUUAAAUCAACGAUUUCUUGCAUUUCUAUUAUGGUUACCAUGGUUACCAGAUACUGCAGUGAUAUUAUCAAUCAGCAACAUUUUUAACAUCAGAUAAUAUUUAAAUUGACAUAAUUGAAAAAUCGCAUCUAAUUUUAUAAUAAGUUAUCUAAUGUUAAAAGGGGCAACCAAUUAUAGUUUUGUAGCGUAUAAAUCAAUUGACAUAACAAUUUAGUUUUAUAAGGUUAAAGAUGUAUUGUAUAGCAGAAUGACUUUAAUUCAACUUGUAUAAGUUAUAACAAUCAUGUACCUCAACUAUAUUGUUCCUGUUUUACUUUUUGUUUGUGUUGGAUGCAUUAUAAAGGAAUCAUGUUUAAAAUCAGCA